AACGUUGUCACGGCGCCAUAUUUGAUACACCAGACGCUAGCUGUUAGCAUUAGCUGUUUACAAACUUUCACCUGAGAGACGGAAACACAAAGCAAGCCUUAAACUACAUUAAAGAUGAAUGUUAUAGAUAAUAUCCGGGAAAUGGCCGCAGCUGGCCUUCACUCUAACGUCCGGAUAUUGAGCAGUUUGCUGUUGACGAUGAGUAAUAACAACCCAGAGCUGCUCUCACCGGCCCAGAAGUACCAGUUGUUGGUUUACCACGCUGACAGCAUCUUCCAUGAUAAGGAGUAUCGUAAUGCUGCCUGCAAAUACAGUAUGGCUCUACAGCAGAAGAAGGUGAUCAGCAAAACGUCUAAAGUUCGUACUUCUACUGGUGGAGCUGCGUCUAAUUUACAGGCACAGAGUUUGCCCUCAGAGAUUGAAGUAAAGUAUAAGAUCGCCGAGUGCUACACCAUAUUGAAACUGGAUAAAGAUGCUAUUGCAGUUCUCGAUGGGAUCGCAUCCAGACAGAGGACCCCAAAGAUCAACAUGAUGCUAGCUAAC